AAAGAAAAUAUUACAGUGAAGAAGGUUAUUCUACCGGUGACAGUCAUUCUACCGAUCUUUUUAACCUCGAGCCGGCUAAUGUCAAGGUGGCUAACGAAUUCAAACGCUGAUUUUAACGAACGGACAUGUCUUCAUUUAAUUCCACUGAUCCAGUGAGUUAAAAUGUCUGAUAACGAUGAGAAAAAUAAUAAAACGGCGUUGAGUGAUGAGAGAAAGCCGAAAUCGUCACAAAUCAUCGUUGAAUCACUGUUAUCGUUGGACAAUACUUUAUUGUGUAAUGUUGAAACCGACAGUGAGUUGCACAGUGCCUCCGAAACGUACAAUGCCUCUGAAAAACUCAGUGGCUCGGCGAUGCAAAUUUUUGAAGAACAACAGACACAAGAUGUCAAAACUGAUGCAACAGUCGUAUCAAAAACAUUGCAAAAUAUAUCACCUGGUCUUAAUGAAUGGCAGGAUAAAUCCUUAAUGGACCAGGUAUUUGCUCAGUUUGAUUUGCAAGAUAAAGAAGAAGUGAUUUCGUCCAGUCACGACAAUACUAGCUUGCAUAUGUUUGAUACACUUUAUAAAGAAGACUAUAAUCAGUCCAAUAUGUGUUUAAAUAUUGAAAGAAGAUCAUCGGAUAAAGCUGACGCAAAUGUGUCACAACGAGAUAAAUUGAUCAAUAAUAUAUCAUAUUUACAUAUCACAAAUUUUGGCAGCGACACUCUGGAAAGUGAUAGCCAUGCAUCCUUUCCUAAAAUAGAGGAUAAGCAGGACAAAUCACCAAUUUUAAAGACAAAAUGUAGAACUUUGAAAGAAUAUAAAGUCCCGAGGAAGAAAUUAUGUUUGUACGAUCUUGAAUCGAAAUCAGAAAAGGUACAGAAUAAAGGAUCAAGCUCUGUGGAACAUUCCUCGUUUUAUGGUUUACCAGAUAUUAUAAAGAAACUGAUUCAAGAUGUUAAAGGGAUCCGUGAGCUAUAUCAGUGGCAAGAGGAAUGUUUAAAGUUAGCUACUACAACCAAAAAGAAUUUGAUCUACACUUUACCAACGAGCGGCGGCAAAACUUUAGUUGCAGAGAUAUUAAUGUUUCGAGAGAUUAUAUGUAACAAAAAAAGUGCAAUUUUUAUACUGCCAUAUGUAGCUUUGGUGCAGGAAAAGGUUCAAUCAAUGGCUAUAUUAACAUUAAAAUUAGGUUUUCUAGUUGAAGAGUACGCUGGCACUAAAGGACGUUAUCCACCGAUUAAACGGCGAAGAAAAAACAGCAUGUACAUAUGUACUACAGAAAAAGCAUUAGGACUUAUAAAUUGUUUCAUAGAAACGAACCGUCUAAGUGAGAUUGGCAUUAUAGUCGUGGAUGAGCUACAUCUGCUCGGAGAGUCUGGAGGCAGAGGUGCCACGUUAGAAGGGCUUCUUACAAAAAUAAUGUUUCUCAAAAAUACGAUACGAUUGAUUGGAAUGAGUGCAACGAUAGGUAACAUAAAAGAAAUUGCACAGUUUCUCAAUGCGGACACGUACUCUCAGAACUUUCGACCGGUUGAGAUAACGGAAUAUGUAAAAUACGAGAACCAUACCUGGGUGAUUGAUUUGAAAAGUGAGGAAUUGCUGACAGAUGCGACCAGCAAUGAUUACAAGUACUCAGAUGACGUAGCAUUGUUAGAUCCAGACAGGAUUGGUGGCUUGAUAAUGGAAGUGGCUCCAGCCGAUUCGUGCCUCAUAUUCUGUUCGACUCGUAAAAAUUGCGAAAACGUGGCUUUACUGUUGACCAAAGUUUUGCCCAAAAACUUGAGUAAUUACAAAACGAAUGAGAAGAAAACCUUAUUAAAUGCACUUAAGACUGAGGAAGGAUUGUGUCCCACUUUGCAAAAGACCAUCAAAUUCGGUGUGGCUUAUCACCAUUCUGGCCUCACAUCCGAGGAACGGCGCCUGCUGGAAGACGCGUUUAGAGAAGGUACUCUAUGCGUAAUAUGUUGCACAUCAACUUUAGCAGCUGGUGUCAAUUUACCAGCAAGAAGGGUAAUACUACGUAGUCCUUAUGUCGGCAAUCAAUUUUUGAAUUUGAGUAGGUAUAAACAGAUGAUUGGCCGGGCUGGUCGUGCCGGCAUGGGAAUCUUAGGAGAAAGUAUACUUAUUUGCAAAAAAUCGGAAAUCGAUAAGGUGAAAGAGCUGUUGACCUCUCAAAUGGACGACUCUCUGAGUAGUUUACACGUAGAAAAUGAUAGGGGAAUCAACAAUCUGAUUCUCAGUGCGAUACAACUGAACCUGGCGACAACCAGAUCGGAAUUGCACAAAUUGACAACUGCAACUCUCCUCAACAUUCAGCAAAACAGAGUAGGAGUUAAUCUGAGGGCGAUUACGGAUGAGACGAUAACGGCUUUGUUAAAAUGCGGCGUGAUAAAAGUAAAGAGUAAAGGUAGUAAUGUCGGUGAUUCGAACGUAACCGUAAUCAUUCCGUCGCAAGAACCCGAAAAAUCGGCAGCCAAGAAAGGAGUGAAAACAGUCACGUUUACGAGGGAAACUAAGUUUCAGCUUUGUGACUUGGGACAAGCUGCCAUGAAGGGACCUAUUGAUUUAAAUACUGCGUAUGCAUUAUACGAGGAUUUGAAAACGGCUGAAAAACAUUUAAUCCUAACUGACAAUCUUCAUCUUCUGUACCUUGUCACACCUUAUGAUAGUGUAUCUCAAAUCACUCCUGUCGGCAGCAUCUACUAUAAUGUGGUAAUGGGCCUAACUGAGAGUCAAAUGCAAAUUGCCAGGCUUCUCGGAAUAACGGAGGCUACCGCAAAUAAAUUACGUGACGGUAUAAUGCCCAAGAUAAUUGAAUUUUCACAGUCGGUCGAGAAAAGAGUGGUUCACAGAUUUUAUGUGACCCUAAUAGUGUACGAGUUAUGGAAUCAUCAUUCGGUUUAUACCGUUGCCGAAAAGUAUCAAGUUAAUCGAGGUGUUAUACAAAGUCUGCUAAAUACCGUCUCAUUGUUCGCAUCUUCUGUGGUGAGAUUUUGCCAGGAACUACCUGAGUUUUGGACAUUUACUGAGAUGUUACGAACGUUUAGUAAAAGAUUGUCUUAUUGUUGCCCAUCAGAGUUGGAAACACUGAUGGAGCUGCCAUCAGUCAAAAUAGGUAGAGCACGUCAAUUAUACAAAGCCGGUUAUAGAACUUUGCAAUCUAUAGCAAAAGCCAAUUCGAGAGAUAUAAAGGAAAAAAUACCGUAUUUAAGUAAUAAAAUAGUCGCACAAAUUAUCGCUGCGGCAAAACUUUUGAUUUUGCAAAGAGUAGAGGAUUUGAAAGACGAGUGCGAAGAUGUUUUAGAUGGUAUAGAAGUGAGUCAAAUAGAAGUUAGUUUAUGAAUAUAAAAGAUGUUUUGUGAAGAAUUUAAUUGUAUAUGAGCUUGAUAGGACUAAAAAAAAGAAAACAGGACUAUUGUUGGACCAAACACUCCUUUUAGCGAAUUACAGAAAUUAAAUUUUGUACAAUAUGUAUAUAAGAUACAACACACGUGUGUACUUGUGUGUAGAUUCGUUAUAAAUAGUACAUGGAAAAAAAAUAUAAUUAUUUAUUAAAUAUUUUCUAUCUCCAACACAAUUAUAUAAUAUUAAUAAUUUGUGCCUAAUGGAGCAAUGUGUUUUGAGGUAUAGCACAUUGUUUAAGCAGGCACAUAAAUUAAUCGUCCACAAAUGGCAUUUGAUAUACACUCAUAGAAUAGUGAUAUCGAUAUGUGGUGUGGAAUACAAUUUUAUGAUAAUACUGAAUUAACUCGAUUUUUAGUUUUAUUACCUAUUCCUAAUAAAUAUUUAAAAUUUAA